CCGACAUAAAAUGGCGAAACCGAUGAAAACGCGUUCAGUUGCCAGAGUGCAUUCAGUGAAGCCGUCGCAAUACAAGACACCUUAAAAGACGCACGUAAACACUAGUACUUCGUAAAAGUGUUGUGAUAAUAAAAAUGAGUAAUAUCAGUGAGGAAAAGGAAGAUCUGGGGGCUGAAAUAAAAUCGACUGGCACAGUUGCAAAGCAAGAUGACGUCGAACAAAGAGAUGCGUGCGCAGCUGAACCAAGUGAAGUAAAGCCGAGUGUUCCCGAAGAGGUGCCGACGAAGAAAAGGAAAACGCGCCGCGGGAAAUCCAAACGAAAGCAGCCGUAUAUUAAAAACGGGCGUAAGUCAAAGUUGAUAAAACCUGAAGCACCGCAUAAUAGCAACCAGUUUUUACUGGAGGAUCACGGAAUAAUUGAAGAGUUGGAUGAGAAUUUAAAAUGCUCAGAUCAAGUUUCUACAUCUACAGUAACUAGAACUAGAGAUUCAAGUUUUAGUGUGGACUCUGAUGGUGAAUUUUACUCCUCCCCUGAUGAUGAAGAACAAUUUCUUCGAAAGGAUUUUGAUGACCAAUAUGAAAGCCUACAAGUCGAAAGAUUGAAUGCAAUGACAAAAACUGACUUAAUACAAGAAUACAUGCACUUGCAGGGAAAAGUGGACACACUUACAAAGAGACUUAGCAACAUUGAAGACAAUAACAAAAAAACGGACGAGAAUACUUCGGAGUUUGAGAGACUUAAACUUGAAAACGAAAACCUUAAGAAAGAGCUUGAUAUUCUUCGUAGUAAAAACAUGAGUUGUUCUGAAGACUCUGAGACAGACUCAAGUGAUUCUUGUAGUAGUUCUACUUCAAGCAGUUCAAGUAGUUGUAGUGUAAGUCGAGAACAGAGCCCUGAGUUACACGAAGUUGAUUAUAAACAGACAAAUGGACACACAUCUCCCCCACAAAGUGUUGAACCCAUUUAAUUUUUACUUUGUAAAAAUGUUGACUUUUCUAUUUGUUUAUUACAAAUUUUAAUCAGUGUUGAUCAUUCCCUUCUUUACACUACAAUAAUAUUAUUUUGGUGUGCGAAUAUCACAAACAAUUUCAAUCUUAAAUCAAAAAUUAAUAAAUAAAAAAUAUUUUGGUAUGCUGUUUGAGAUAUUUUAUGUACAUAUUAAAUGGUUCUAAAUUUAUAUUUUAAGUUAUCUGAAUAUAGACUGCUUUUUACUCUUAAGUACAAUUUUUGUUAAGUUCAAAAACAUGUGUGUUAAGUUUUUUUUUAUUUAGUCAUAAGGUAACAUGCAUGUUUCAUAUAAAAAUGUAUAGAUAGGUACCUUUAAUAUAAUUUAUUAAAAAAG